CGAGUAAGUCUACAUUGAUAUAUUGUUGCUUGGUGAGUCUUCUGCGGCCGCUCGAGGUGUAUAUAAGAUACGAGGUUCCCACCUGAUCUUAAUUGCCUUUGUGAGAGUGUCCAAAGGCUUUGCUCUUAUAAAUAUCGAACAAGUCAGAUUGUAGUCUUAAGGCUUAACCAUAGUUUUCAACUAUGAGGCUUUCGCUUUCUCUUCUCUUUGUCACGCUGGUGACUUCCUCAGUUGCUAGUCCCUUAGUAUUAGAUUAUUCCGAAAGCACCAUUCAGAAACUUAAAGGUCGUCGGUCUGCAGCUAUAAAAGCGAGUACACAAAAGCGACAAUCAGCUGGAACUACGGCGAAUGAAUUUCUUGAGGGCGAGUGCCGGGAUGUCAUAUUCAUCUACGCCCGUGGCAGCACCCAGGAUGGUAAUAUUGGAGAGGACCCAGGUCCGCAAACUAUAGAUCAACUCAAAGCUGCAUUGGGUACAAAUGCCAUAGCAGCUCAGGGGGUCGACUACCCAGCACUGUUAAUCGACAAUCUGAGAUCAGGGGGUUGCGACCCCGAGGAUGCUGACAAUAUGCGAGCGUUGAUAACGCAAGCGGCAACUCAGUGUCCGUCGUCGAAACUAGUAGUGUCGGGUUAUAGCCAAGGGGCUGCACUUGUUCACCGAUCGAUUGAAUCUGCAUCAACUUCUGUUAAGAAUCAGAUCUACGCGGCGGUGACUUAUGGCGACACCCAGAAAGCGCAGGACGGCGGGAAAAUCCCGAAUUUCGACGCGAGCAAGACCCUAAUCCUAUGCCACGACGGUGACGAGGUUUGUAAAGGUACAUUAAUUGUAACCGACGCUCACCACGAGUACCACGAUCUUGCCCCCGAUGCAGUGGAUUUCAUUGUUAGCAAGGUUUAGCGAUGUCGACUUUAUUUUAUUUUGGUUAAAAAUUCAUUUGUAUGAUGAUCGAAGCAGACGAGCCUUCAACCUGCCUGAGUGGAUACGCCCUCCAGUGCGUACUUCUAGGUAUGAUUAGAGGAUUGGGGUGGAGAUGUAAGGAGAGUAUUGUAGUAAGCCUAGAUCCAUACGUUAGGUAAUAGAGAUUCACAAUAGAGAUUCAUACCUUUACAUGUCGGAUUCUCGUGAUGUACUUGGAUCAAUUAUGCCAACCAACCCGUUAAUCAUUAGUCGUUCUAAUUCGAUUAUAAUUAUGAACGUAUAUUAAAACUUAACGAAUAGGCUAAUACCUAACCGUAGUAUAGGUUUAAUUACUUGAAGCAUAUGCUUAAUAUUUGAGAUAGAUGUAGAUCGGCUUUUAUGAU